GAUGAUGUGCCACGAGUGGAAAUGCGCGAGUGGCGUUUACGACCAUUUAAUUACGAUAAUACGAUCAAUGCAAUGUUGACAUUGUUUGUAGUCACAACUGGAGAGGGAUGGCCUGGAAUCAGGCAAAACUCGAUGGACACAACUGAGGAAGACCAAGGGCCGUUGCCUUUCUACAGAGUCGAGAUGGCGCUGUUUUAUGUGAUGUUUUUCAUCGUUUUCCCAUUUUUCUUUGUGAACAUCUUUGUUGCCUUGAUUAUCAUCACAUUCCAAGAGCAAGGAGAGGCAGAACUAUCCGAAGGAGAUCUCGAUAAAAAUCAGGCAAGCGAAUGCUUCGGUACUAAAAAUUUGGGAAGCACAGGGAGCCAGUUUUAUUGCACUUCGUCUUUUCUGCUGUUCAUUUGGUCUUUUACUUUUUACAAGAAUUUGGAAGACUUCAAGUUAGUUCGAGCAUUACCGUUGGAUCCAAAGCAGUGCAUUGAUUUCGCACUGAAUGCUCGGCCACGAUCGUUGUUCAUGCCUGAAGACAAAAAUUCGAUGAAAUACCGUAUUUGGCGACUUGUCACCUCAACCCCUUUUGAGUACUUCAUUAUGGCGAUGAUCUGUUGCAAUACAAUCAUACUGAUGAUGAAGUUCCAUGGUAACUCCGAGUUUUAUGAAAAAAUUCUUCGCUUUUUCAAUACGGCGCUGACAGCAGUAUUUACGGUGGAAUCGAUCUUGAAAAUACUAGCUUUUGGUGUUCGGAAUUACUUUCGUGAUGGGUGGAAUCGUUUUGACUUCAUCACGGUAGUGGGCUCGAUAACGGAUGCACUGGUAACUGAGUUCGGUGGUCACUUUGUUUCGCUUGGAUUCUUGCGCCUGUUUCGUGCGGCUCGUUUAAUUCGCCUUCUGCAGCAAGGAUACACCAUUCGCAUUCUACUCUGGACCUUCGUUCAGUCCUUCAAGGCCUUACCAUAUGUUUGUUUACUCAUUGGUAUGCUAUUUUUUAUCUAUGCAAUAGUGGGAAUGCAGGUGUUCGGUAAUAUCUGGCUGGAUGCAACUACUGAGUACAACAGACACAAUAAUUUCCAAUCAUUUUUCAACUCAAUCAUUCUGCUUUUUCGGUGCUCCACAGGUGAAGCCUGGCAAGACAUCAUGAUGGCAUGUACUGCCUCGAAAUAUUGCGCAAAACCGAAUUCAUUUGAAAUAAACGUAGCAAAGGGACCGACAUGCGGCACACAAAUGUCCUAUGUUUAUUUCACAACUUUCGUCUUUUUGUCGUCCUUCUUGGUUCGUGCUUUUCAGUUACAUUUCCCUGCUCAUCUCUUAUCCCGACUUUGA